GUUAAAUGGAUUAGAAAAUAUAUAAAUCUAGUGCGAUUUUUGCUGAAGCUUGCGAUGUGAUCUUAGUCGUCGUAACGAAAAUAAAAUUUGAGUAGAAUUGUUUGAAGUUACAGCAAAGGCGAUGGAUGGCAAUGAGCGUGCAGAUAAAGUUGAAUAUAUACUUCAAAAUCCUGUAUUUAAUGUUCCUCCAAAUACACCUGACAAUGAAAAAAAAACUGAAACAUUAAGGAAAAAAUUCAUUGAUGGCGUGAACAAAAGAUCCCGUCGUCUAGCAGAAUCGACGGUGCUAGAGUUUGAAAACGCCUUCCAAGAGCCAGAGGAAGUAGUUGCGCCAAAAUUAUCGAAAACAAAUUUCUUUCGCUGUGGUAGUGCAAAGGAUGAAGUCGAGUAUUCAGCUACAAAUGACAGAGGUAGACUUCCAGCAAAAGAAAGGAAAAGAGAAGUCGAGGUUCAACUCAAAUCUAUUCAUUCGCAUGGAAGAUAUAUUGUUUUCGUCGGCGGAGCAGGAAGUGGAAAAACGACACUUCUUAAAAGCUAUGGUCUUUUGGUGUUAGAUCAUAAAAUCGAGUUUAUGGAGGGAGUGGAAAUAGUUCAUCUUAUUAACAUCAAAGAUUGGUCUCGUAAAGAUGGGAAGUAUACUCCCUUCGAAAUACUUUUUUCUAUAUUUAACGUCGUAGCAGACGAAGAUGCUGAAAAAUGUGGAUUCGAAUGGCUUAAGGACACUGAAAAUCAGAAAAAAAUGCUGUUACUGUUAGACGGUUUAGAUACAGCUCCAUGGGAACUACGUGACGAUAUACAUCACGAUAUGAUUAACUACAGCGACAAAGCACUUGUACCUGUCAUCAUCUACAACAUUCUUUAUGGAAAUCUAUUUCCCUACUGCAAUAUACUUUUGACAUCCAGAGAAUACGCCAUAAAAAGAUUUCCCGAAGAAAUAAGGCCGAGUGCCACAAUCGCUCUCAGAGGACUCUCAAGAGCUUCAAUCGUGACACUAGUAAAACAUUAUUGUAAAGACCUCGAAAAAAAAAUUUUGGAAGAUAUGUCGAAAAAUUCACACAAGGUCAUGCCUCUUUGCUCGAUACCGUUAUUUCUCAAGUUUGUUCUCAUGGUUUAUCAGGAUGAUAAGAAAAUGCCCGAAUAUCUUUCAGGAUUACUCCUGAUGAUACUAGAAAAUUUUGUACGAUCUCGUCAUCAAAAGAGCAAAGAGCACGUUCGAAAAAUACUAAAUAAUCUGAUGAAACUUUCUCUUGAUGGCAUUAAAAAAGGACUAGUUGUUUUCACCAAGUCUGAUUUUGUAAAUAACAGCAUAAAUGUCGAGGAUAUCAGGGGUCUCGUCAUCAGUGCCCCAAGUCUGGGCGAAAAUGUUUUUUGUGAUCAGAAUUUGAUGGAAGAAGAUUAUUCAUUCUUCUUUGUUCAUCAGACCAUUCAAGAACUCCUUGCAGCGUGUCAACUGUUUUUUUUCACUGAGCUCAAGGAGUACGAAAAACUGAUUGAUAACCAGAUACAUACCUUGAAAUAUGGUGUUGUUCGACAAAUGUUAUGUGGAUUAAUGUUUAACGAAAAGACACCGAAAAUUGGCUUUGUCAAAAGUCUCUUAGAAGGGAAUCAAGAUGAAAUUCAACAAAAAAAAGAACAUUUGCUAAAGUCCCUGAGUAAGAAAUUGAAUCUUGGGAAUAUCAACCCGAUGGAAAUGCUCAACCUGUUGAACUCUCUUUGUGAGUGUGGAGCUGACAAAAGAAUUGUGCAGUUGGCGAAGACUAAUAUAAAAAAAAUUAACUUGUCUGGAGUUCCUCUUACAGCGAGUGAUCUUCAUGCAUUGGGAAGCGUUGCUUAUCAUUGUAAUCGACUCAGUAUAUUGGCGCUGAACAAUUGUCAGUUGAAUACCUAUGACCUUAAAGUUUUAUCAGAGGAACUUAGAGAUUCAGGUGUAGAGAUUACAGUGUUUGAUGUUUGCUUCAAUCAAGGACUCGUUAAAAACAGCUUGUAUUACUUGCACGAACUCUAUCUUAAAAGCCAAAGAUUGAAUCAUUGGCAAUGUGGUUUCAGAGAAAUUGACAUUUUGGAGUUUGAUAAAAAAAAAUCGAAGGAAAAUUCCGAAGAAUCCGAACUUCAAGAUGUUACGGCUCAAGUUCUCGACGAGGAACAACAAAUCAUUACCAUGUUUCGUGAUCAGAAUAUACUGGAUUUAAGCCAUCACAACACAAAAAAAUACUUUCAAACGUUGACAGUAUUGAUCAACAAAGCAAACGAAACGGGCAGUUUCAAUGUAAGUUUAACAGAAUAUGAAACAAUUUCGGAUUUAAAAAAACUUUGCGAGUUAUUAAAUAUAUGUCAAAAUAUACAAGAAUUCAAAAUAUCUGAAUGUGAGUUGACUUCAAAUCAACUGGAGAAAAUUAUGCAAGCUAUCCCAGAACAGGAGAUAACAAUGGUAAACGUGUUUCUAGCGCCAGAUAUUGAGCCUAAAGGUUGGAACGUAAUCGGUGAAAUAACUAAAAAAUUUAAAGCAAGUGAUCUUUUUGUUACAUCAUGCUCAUUGACGGAAGAUAAAUUGAAAGAACUUAAACGAUCUCUCAAAGGCUCAAUUAUUUCGAGAUUUGAUAUAAGUCGAAACGAUAACAUGAACAAACAUUGCCUGAAGCAAGUUGGCGAGAUUAUUGAAAAUUGUGAAACUGGGGAGUUAAUCAUGGAAUACUGCAACUUGACCAGUGAUCAUAUACAAAGUUUGAAAGGCUCUUUAAGAAGCGGAAACAAAGCACCAAAAUUAGGUAAAAUCGACAUAAGUGGAAAUCAUUCAUUGUGCGAAGAUGGUUUUAGGACACUGGGACAAAUCACUGGUAUGUGUAAAACCGAAAAACUUGAUGUCAGUGAAUGUGAUCCAUCACCAGAAGAAAUUGAAAGUUUUAGUGAAGCACUGCAUUCCCCUCAGAUUACAACACUUAACGUGAGUAGUAAUCCAGAUAUCGGGGCUGGACUUUAUGGAGUAGGGAAAAUCUUGGAAAAAUGUCCACUAAAAACCUUGCUUGUUCGACAAUGCAAAUUAGAACAUACAACUCUUGGAGAACUUGCAAGAGGCAUGGGAAACUCAAAGAUACAACAUCUUGAUCUUGGUCUUUACUUUAUGAAACCAAAAGAAACAACAGAAGACGACAUAAACAUGUUGCUCAAUUUGUUACCAAAUAUAACAAGAGAACUGACAUUAAACGGAUGGUGUUUUGGAGACAGAGAAGAGGAAUAUAGGGAACGGUUGCAAAAUAAAUUGAACGAACUUCCAUUCGAAAAACCAGGAAUCAAAAUUAUAUUAAACCGAGUUCAGACCGAGGAGGACCGAGUACAGACCGAGAAGGACCGAAGACAGACCAAGAAGAACCUAGAUAUAAUACAUCAAAAGAAUGAGUGAUGAUGAUAUCCAUAAUUUUUUCAAUUAGAACUGCAACUAAAAACAUUCUCAAAUGAUUUGGCAUAUCAAUUUUUAGCUGGCAAAUUUUGAACUUUCAUUUUAUUUAAUGUUUCAAUCAAUCAACCAAGGGGUGCACAACAUUCGGCCUUUGAAGAUAAAAUUCGCGGUAGUGAUAGUCCAGCUGCAAAGUAGGCUCAUUGCCAUAAGAACAAGGCAAGAAUUCCCAAAACACCAUUAGUUGUUACCUAGAAUUUCGUUAUAGAUAUAUGUAGUGUCGUUGUCGUACCUGGCUAUUUUCAUAACUCUUUGUGGCAUCACCAUCUUGUUCAUAUUGUCAUCCAAUUCAUUUCAAGGCCCAAAGAUAUAAUUGGCAAUAUAAUAUGAAAGGCAUAAUCGACUAAUUUUCAAAGAACAAUUUAUACUCCGAUAUGGUCUCAUCUAAACUAACAGGCAAACAAGGCCAUAUAUUGCAACGAAGCGAUAACCUUACGAACUACCAAGUGAUUAUGUGUAAUUGAAUUAGUCAGUCGCACUGUCCGAUCUCCGAUCUAAUGCACCGAGAUAUAUGCUGGAAAGUUAUUAAUGUGGACAACAUUUUACAAGUAUAGAAUGAAAGUUGAGAUUGUGAUUGAAAACUUCUAUAAAUUCCCCAAUCUUUGAAAAAAAAUCAAACAUGAACUUUUCCAUGUGAACUGAUGUAGUUACUGUGGAAUAAAGUACCUUCAACUACUGACUGGUAACAGUGAACGAUAUUUUCCUGAAACAAGGCCAGAAUCUAUUUCCUAUAUAAUUUUCAUGCAUUUUUUUAUGCCAAAGAAGUUGAUGACUUAUUUGUGUCUCUGCUCAAUAGUUAUUUGCCUUGAUAUUACUGUUUUUUUCUUCAUAGUGUUGGACCUUAUAUUAUGAGUCAUAGCGUAUUUCCUUAUCUGUAACUUGUAAUUUUUUAAUACGAUUGUGUAAAUUUACAA